AUGAUUGGUGUAGACGAAAUCCUUAAAAUACGUUUUCUUGAGCUGAUCAAGUCAGUACAGCCUGCCGGUCGAUGGAAGUUGGUCAUUACAGACAGCUUGUCUGCCAAGAUUCUUAAUUCUGCCUGUAAAAUGUAUGAUAUUCUCGAAGAAAACGUGACCUUGGUUGCAAAUAUCGAAAAACCCAGACAAGCCUAUCCAAGUGUAGAGGCUGUUUAUAUUUUGACACCAUGUAUCGAAUCCUGUACCCGACUUGUGGACGAUUUCUCUCGUCAGGAAGGACCAAUGUAUGCCGCUGCUCAUGUCCACUUUAUUAAUGGAUUGGACAAUACGGUUUUCAGUGAUUUUACCCGUAGAUUAAAGGCAAAAGGCGCGGAUCAAUAUAUUCUAAAUCUCAAGGAGAUGUAUGUUGAUUUCAUCGUACGUGAACAGGCUGUCUAUUCUUUGGAUGAUGAGCGCAAAUUCAAUACUUUGUUUGGUAACGAAUCUGCCGCAGGGGGGAGCCGCAAUAGCUCUACAAACAAUGUGGAAAGUGAACUUGAAGAUAUUGCCAAGCAGGUAUUGUGUAUGUGUGUAACUCUUGGAGAGAACCCAUUGAUUCGCUACCAUCGUCCACUCGAUGUACAAGGAACAAUCAACAGAAAUAUACCAUGGCAUCUGGCUAAGUUGGUUCAAGCUGAAUUGGAUAACUUUUGCAAAGUCAACCCUGAAUACCCACCUCCUCGCGACCCUCCUCUUCCAAGAGGCACUUUGAUCUUGUUAGAUCGUACCAUUGAUCCAAUCUCACCGUUCUUGCAUGAGUUUACCUACCAAGCUAUGAUUGCUGAUCUUCUUGACACAGAAGAUACUCCGGCAGGUAUCAAGUACUCGUAUGAGUACACCCAGGAAGAUGGAACUACAAAGGGUCAAGAAAUCACCUUGAACGACCAAGACUCGGUCUACUCAUCCAUUCGCCACAUGCACAUCACAAGUACCACAGAGAAAUUGAUUGAGAAUUUCAAUGCCUUUGCCUCCGAAAACAAAGGAGCUUCUGGAGGAAAAAACUCUGUGGUAUCCCUUAAUGAUAUGAAACAAAUGAUUGCCGAUUUACCACAUUUCCAGGAAAUGAAAACAAAGUUCUCUGCGCACAUGACUAUUGCUAGUGAAUGUAUGUCUGAAUUCAACAAACAAAACUUGGAGACGAUCGGCUUACUUGAACAAAAUAUGGCUUGUGGAGAGACUCCAGAUGGUAAUGAAGUCAAAAACCUGAUCGAGGAAUUGACUCCUAUCUUGGAUGAUCCUUAUACUAGUGAAAAGAUUAAAGCACGUUUGAUCCUGUUGUGGAUCGCUACUUCCGAUACAGUAAAUACUGAGGAUCUUGACCGUCUUCUUUCUCAUGCACGCUUGGACCAAGAGUGCAAGGAUGCAAUUGAAAACAUUGGGCUGCUCGGUGUUCAGCUGUCAAAGUCUGCCAACAAGCAAGGCGAAAAGACAAAAAAAAACAAAAAGAAACAUGACAGUUCAGCUACGCAACAAGAAGUUCCUUUUGACCUUUCACGAUAUGUACCCAUUGGUCACAUUAAAGAGACAAUUGACCAGAGUCUCUUCCCUCUCUUAAGAGUAGCCGAACCUGAAAAUCUUCGUCGCGACUCUACUCAUGCGCUCAAACAGGUUCCACAAUUGCGUGUCUACAAGACUCAAUGGCACAAAAAAUCUACUGGAAACAAUGCUGGUCCUAAACCACCUUCUGGUCCUCCUAUCAUUCUCUUUAUUGCUGGUGGAAUGACCUAUGCUGAAAUACGUUCGGCUUAUGAAUUGUCAGAGACAUUUAACCGAGAAGUGUAUAUUGGCUCUACGCAUAUUAUCACUCCAGACCAGUUUGUCGCUGACCUUAGUGGGUUGGAUAAGACUCCACCUCCAGCCAAGAAUGUCGUCCCACCCUAUACAACCAGUAUUCACACCAGUGCUCCUCCUAGGACCUCGUCCUCAACUGGUACACCUAUUCCGCCUAACUCUGCAAAGGCAGGAGGGCACAAGAUUUUAGGAAAGUGGUAG